AACUUAGCCAGACAGUUCCAAAAUUCCAUGGUGUCCAUUCGGUUAAAGCCCAUGUUAUUUCUCUCCCAGUUACCUGCCAAAUCUUCUGUUUAGUGCUGUGGUAAAUUUCACCUUUAUUUACUUACUAAAACCAUGCUGACAAGCAUAAUUAGAGAGACAUUAUUUUUAUAGGACAUCUGAAAUUCCAACGGGCACUACUAUGGUGCAAGUCACCAUUAUCACCUAUGGGAUAACUCCAAAAUCCCAUAUUCACUUUAGGUUUACCAUCAGCUUUUGACUGGAUACUGGCAAAACCACCUUGGUCACAAUAGUGCUUUGUGACAUACCAUCUCUUACCUGAAUACCUGCAGAAACCCAUGGUCUUCAUAAGGUUUGAAAACCUAACAUCUGUUACAUGGCUAUCCACAAACUGCCCAGGUAACUGCCAUAGCUGGGCAUACAACAUCUUCCGGCAUACCUACAGAAACUCAUGGAUACAAUUAACAUGGAUUUCAUCUUUCAUGAGAAACAGGAAGGUUUCCUGUGUGCUCAGCACUGUCUGAACAAUCUAUUGCAAGGAGAAUAUUUUAGCCCUGUGGAAUUAGCCUCAAUUGCACAUCAGCUAGAUGAAGAAGAGAGGAUGAGAAUGGCAGAAGGAGGAGUCACCAGUGAAGAGUAUCUCGCAUUUUUACAGCAGCCUUCAGAAAACAUGGAUGAUACCGGUUUCUUCUCCAUUCAGGGUGAUCUGCCAGACUGUGAAGCUGACCAACUCCUGCAGAUCAUCAGUGUCGAAGAGAUGGAUACACCAAAACUUAAUAGAAAAAAAUUAGUAAAAGAAAAAGAGCAUAGAGUCUAUAAAACAGUCCUUGAAAAAGUAUCAGAAGAAAGUGAUGAGUCUGGAACAUCAGACCAAGAUGAGGAGGAUUUUCAGAGGGCCCUUGAACUAAGCCGCCAAGAAACCAAUAGAGAAGAUGAAGAUCUCCGCAGGACUAUUGAGCUAAGCAUGCAAGGUAGUUCCGGAAACACAUCGCAAGAUCUUCCAAAGACAUCACGUGUAACUCCUGCUUCAGAACAGCCGAAGAAAAUAAAAGAAGACUAUUUUGAAAAGCAUCAGCAGGAACAGAAGCAGCAGCAACAACAGUCAGAUCUGCCAGGCCACAGUUCAUACCUACACGAAAGGCCAACAACAAGUUCGAGAGCAAUUGAGAGUGAUCUCAGUGAUGACAUCAAUGAAGACACAGUACAGGCCGCUGUCGACACCGUUUUAGAAAUUAUGAGAAAGAAUUUGAAAAUCAAAGGGGAAAAAUAAUGCCUUUAAAAAUAAUUUAGAUAGUCAUACUUUCCAACAUUAUCCUGUGUGAUUAUACUGUAGGAUCCAUUUUGGUCAUCUGUCAAAGAGAUGAGGAAAUAAGGCUUUUAGACAGUUUGCAAACAAAAUGACGAGAGAGAUGUGGGACUAAAUAAUGAUCGUUCAACUACUAGCCAAGGAGACAUUCAGCAAUUAAUUAAAUUUAAAUUAGCUUUCAAAAUGUU